UUCAGCAUUAGCUUGAAUUCCCUACCAUCAAGGCAACGAAAUCACCAGCAAUUCAACAUCAAAAUAUGGAUACCAGAUUAUCAGGCAGUGUCAUGGGUAUUCCGAUCGUAUCAACCAGGGGACUACUUCUGUCUAAACCUUAUGAACCCAUUUAUCCUUUUUCUACUUCCAAAAUCAACGGUAUAGAAAGAAGAGGAAGUUUUGCAGUUCCGAUUAAAAAUCAUGCGAGCUUAGUACCUAAACUAAUAGAAAUUGUGAAACAAAAGUUAAAUUUUGGUGCUAGAAUCCUACCACUUGGUCGUGAAGCAAAAAUCUUCAGGAAAAGUUUCAGUACCAGGGAUGGUGAGAAGUUGUUGCACGCCUCCCACUGCUACAUAUACACAACAGCGGGUGCGAUUGCAGGCAUCCUCUUCAUGUCUACUGAAAGGGUUGGAUUUUGCAGUGAUAGAUCCCUUCAGACGUAUUCUACAGCUGGGGAGCUGUUAAAGUUCCAAUAUAAGGUGUCAAUUCCGUUGGGAAAGAUAAAGGGAGUCGGUGAGAGCAUGAACAUGAAGAGACCAUUGAACAAGUAUGUGGAAUUAGUAACCAUGGAUGAUUUCAGGUUCUGGUUUCUGGGCUUUCCAAAUUACAGGAAAACUCUAAGACACCUUCAUAGGACAAUUAGCCCAGACUGCUUAAGCAACUGAUGAAGAACAUUAGCCCUCAAUUCCGUGUAAAUUUCAAAUAGACAACAUUUUGUUGUACCAUUACGUUCACCAAUGGGAACAUGUAUAUUUGUUGAUAGAGGAGAGACAAUGAGAAUGACUCAUUUCCUAUCUUAA